GACCUCUUAUAAGGAUUGGAGAAUGGCUGCAUACGGCGGCUGUGUCUGGUAGCAGGAGAAGAUGGCGGUUUCCACAGGAGUUAAAGUUCCUCAGAAUUUUCGCUUGUUGGAAGAACUUGAAGAAGGACAGAAAGGAGUAGGUGAUGGUACGGUUAGCUGGGGCCUUGAAGAUGAUGAAAACAUGACACUUACAAGGUGGACAGGCAUGAUUAUUGGGCCACCAAGGACAAACUAUGAAAACAGAAUAUAUAGCCUGAAAGUAGAAUGUGGAUCUAAAUACUCAGAAGCUCCUCCAUCAGUUAGAUUUGUAACAAAAAUUAAUAUGAAUGGAAUCAAUAAUUCUAGUGGAAUGGUGGAUGCACGAAGCAUACCAGUUUUAGCAAAAUGGCAAAAUUCCUAUAGCAUUAAAGUUGUACUCCAAGAGCUAAGAUGUCUAAUGAUGUCCAAAGAAAAUAUGAAGCUUCUACAGCCACCGGAAGGACAGACGUACAACAACUGAUUUUAGUGGAUCUCAAACUUGUCUUAAAUCAACAACCUUCUACUCAUGUUAAUGUCUUGAUUAAAUAUCACCAUGCAAAAUACCCACACAUUAAGUAAAAGAAUUCCAGCUGGUAAACAUGA